UGUUAAAUUAUGUUAAUUAUAGUGAAGUAGUCUUUCAUAGGUUAAAUACAAAGAAAGUUAUUUUUAAAUUAAUCAUAUUAAAUAAGUGAAACAAUUAAUGUUAAGAAUAUGACACUUACUGAUUAUGUGGGCUCAUUAGCUGAUAAUCCAUAUUUUGGAGCCGGUUUCGGUCUCUUUGGAAUUGGAGCUGGAGCAGCUAUAUUACGUAAAGGAUUGCAAGGUGCUUUAAUAUUAUUUCGAAGAAAUUAUAUGAUUACAUUGGAAGUUCCAUGUCGCGAUAAAUCUUACCAAUGGCUUUUACAAUGGAUCAGUCAAAAAGGCGCUCGAUCCACACAACAUUUGAGCGUGGAAACUAGUUUUAUACAAAAAGACUCUGGCCAAGUGCAAACUAAAUAUGAUUUUAUACCAAGCGUUGGAACGCAUUUAUUUCGGUAUAAAGGAACAUGGAUACAAGUCGAACGUACUCGAGAAAAGCAGACAAUAGAUUUACAUUUAGGUUUACCAUUUGAAACAGUUACUCUCACAGCGUUUGGUCGAGAUCGUGGAGUUUACUUCAAUAUACUCGAAGAAGCUAGACAAAUUGCAUUAAAAGAAAAUGAAGGCAAAACCAUCAUGUAUACAGCAAUGGGUAGCGAAUGGAGGCCGUUUGGACAUCCACGUAAACGCCGCCCUAUUGAUUCAGUUGUAUUGGAUCAAGGUAUUAGUGAGCGAAUUUUAAAUGAUUGUAAUGAAUUUAUUAAUAGUCCUGAUUGGUAUACGCAACGAGGGAUUCCAUAUCGUAGAGGAUAUUUGCUUCAUGGCCCACCUGGUUGUGGCAAAUCGUCGUAUAUUACAGCCUUAGCCGGUAAAUUAGAGUUUGGCAUUUGUGUAUUAAAUUUAUCCGAGCGUGGUUUAACCGAUGAUCGGUUAAAUCAUUUAUUAGCUGUUGCUCCAGUUCAAACAAUUAUAUUAUUAGAAGAUAUUGACGCAGCGUUUGUGAGUCGCGAAGAUACUACAGAACAAAAAGCAGCAUUUGCGGGAUUAAAUCGUGUUACUUUUAGCGGAUUGUUAAAUUGUUUAGAUGGCGUGGCUAGUACCGAAGCAAGAAUUGUAUUCAUGACCACAAACUACAUCGAAAGAUUAGAUCCAGCCUUAAUACGUCCUGGACGUGUUGAUUUUAAAGAAUACAUCGGCUGGUGUUCUGAAUAUCAAAUAAGAGAAAUGUUUUUACGAUUUUAUAAAGGCGAAGAUGCCUUAAAUUAUGCGACCCAAUUUGCUAAAAAUGUAAUAGCAACGGGUAAAAAUGUCAGUCCCGCGCAAAUUCAAGGUUAUUUUAUGUUUCAUAAGCUUUCAACCCAUGAAGAGGUAGUGAAUAACGUUCAUAAAAUAUGGGAAUUGUUAUAAGUUUUUGUUUCUCGAUUUUUUUUAUAUAUUUUUAAAACUCGUUGAAUCGAAUUUUAUUAUAAUUUUAUUUGAAUUAUAAAAAGUAAGUACCAAGAAAAGUUGUGUAGAUGAAUAUAAUUUUAUUUGAACUUC